ACAUGCUGGUUACUCUGUUGAUUGCGUGCGCUACUUUGGUCUUGGCUACCGCCGCACCGACUGACGUUCCUGCGGGUCGUGUAGUAGGUGGGGCAGACGCCGUGGAUGCUCAAUUUCCUCAUCAGGUGUCGCUGCGCUACAAAGGCUCUCACACGUGUGGUGGGUCCAUCAUCAGCCGGAAUUACAUUCUGACCGCUGCGCAUUGUGUUACCGCCGAAGAUGGGGAAACGGGCGAGCUGGUUGUCACGCCCGCCAACCAGUUGAGCAUUCGAGCCGGCUCCCUUGAUCGCUUGAGCAACGGUGUGGUUAUCAAUGUGGCUGACGUCAUUGUGCAUGAGAAUUACGGAAGCUUCUUAAACGAUUUGGCGCUAUUGCUUUUGGAGUCACCGCUCAUCUACUCAGACCGAAUCGCACCCAUUCAGAUAGCUAGCACUGAUACUCCCGCGGGGGCCGAUGUCGUGAUCUCGGGCUGGGGUCGCCUGAAGACCAACGGCGACUUACCACGUCAACUGCAGUGGAACGUACUGAGCGCUUUGUCAAACCUACGAUGCCAGACGUCUACCUUAAUGUUCAGCAGUAGUUUGAUCUGCCUCGGCCAUGAGAGGAACAAUGGCGCCUGCAACGGCGACUCUGGCGGUCCGGCCGUUUACAAUAACGAGAUCGUGGGCAUUGCGGGCUUUGUCAUGGGUGGUUGUGGCUCCAACCUGCCAGAUGGCUAUGCCAAAGUAUUUUAUCAUCGCGAUUGGAUUAUCAAGAAUGCUAAGUUGUAAGCAAUAAACGAGUGGUGCAGUGCACCCAAGCAAUGUAACUGAAA